AUGCGUGUCAACAGCCGCUUUAAGGAAUACAACAAGCAACGGCUAGAGCUCCUCGGCGUAGCCAUGGCCGGCGUUCAGGUCGUGGUGACACUCCCGAUGGACGUUGAAGAAAUGCUUCGUCGGGGUUUGGACCCUCAAUUCGUCAUCUUCGACGAGGCUAGUUUUUCCGGGACCCUGACCUUUACUACAUCCUAUCUGUCGCCCCCUGUCUUCACUCAGCAGGGGGAGAAGGCCUGGCAAGCCUCAGCCUUCGAGCAUCUGGUCUCGAAGAAAGGUUCGGAAGCGGAAUUCAUCAUCGUUCUGAUAACCCGCAAUGCUGGUGCGCCGGGCUUCCUCAAGUCGACCAAGCGGACCAUACUAGCCCAGUUUAUUGUCGGCGAUUGGACCUGGAUCGGUGGCAGUACUUUCUCCAAGGACUCGAAGAAAGUUUAUAAGUACUUGGAGGAGGCUGAGAACAUCGUGGAGAAUCGGGCCUAUGUCAUCAGCCCAAAAAAGGUGUAG